CCCAUUUACUGUGUAGCUUGAGACGAUCAUUUAUUAAUUAACUAUCAUUUAUCAUUUGACAGUCCACUUAUCAACAACCUCAAUUCGUUUUUACAAUAUCUCCUGUCGCAAACAUUUUGCAGAGAUUUCUAUUGAAUUCGUUUCUUUGAAAGAUUACUAAACUUCAUAUUUUAAUCAUUGGAAAUCAAAUAACCCCUUGGUGGCAAUCCUUUCAAGCUUCUGUACUGAUUUGCGCCUGUGUCCAAAGCCUUUGUCUGGACCGCAGGCAGAGUCUACCCCCCUUAAUAUGCGAUUGCUGAAUUGAUAUUCUAUACUGCGUGUGAUAUAAUAUACCCUUCCUAAACAAUCCGAGUCGUUCUCCCCACAAAUCACGAUACAAUAGAUGAUAUUUCGCUCGUCGGCCUCCCCGAAAGACGAUACGAAAUAACUCAUAUCUCAAAUCUGCGGGGGCUUUCCUUUAACCAUACCGGCUAUCAGCUUGCGCUUCAGUCGUUGGCAAAGGCUAAGGUAGAGGGGAGACGUCAUUUCUAUUCUUAAUUAUUCGACUUCGCGCUACCGAUCGUUGGUCAUCCUCGAGCACAUCAGUAAUACUUGCUGUUGGAUCUGGACCGAAGCUUGCUGUUUAUACUUUGCAUGGUUGGUCUUGAUUGCCGGGGAAAGUGCGUGAGAACUCGGGGACGGUCGUGAACACUCUACAGGGUCUGGUAGAUUAUUGGCAGGAGAAGAAUAUUGGUGGAGACCUGGAUUCAAGGAAGAUCAUACUUUCGAAUUUGCCAUCUUACACUUUGACAAGAAGGGAAGUUCAAGUCACUUUGCCCUGUCAUUUUAAGUCAUCAGGCGCCAAAGCUAGACUCUUGAAAAGGGGGCACCAAUUUAUAUCUGAGAUUCUAGUGCAGUCAAACACUGCCGAGUGGGCAUAAAGCUGUUUGUCACCUGCAUCUAUACCUCUAUCUUCCCCACUCGUUGCCAAUAGGGUCCGUUCGUUCUCUUCUCCAGCGAGCUAACGGGCUACUUCACCUAUCAAAUCCGGAGCUGAUCGUCUCGGCGCAAGACACAUCGCCUCCUUGUGUUACUCUUUUCAUUGGCCGUUUGCAUCAAGAAAGCCCGGCUUACACCGACUCUCCGGUGGUGAGAUACUGGUUAAAAAAAAAGUUAAACUGUAUUCGGACAGGGCCCAUUCCUGUGAGCUUAUGAGUAAAACAUAAUCUUGGCCCGGGCUUGCUUCUUCAAUUUCUCCUCACAAAUCAAUAAUAAUUUAUCAUCAUGACUCCUACGCCCCCUUCUACUACUUCUUCAAGCGCCGGAGCUCAAUCUCCAGAAGAGCAAUACCGGGUGGUAAGAAAGAGAAAUAGAGUUCCUCUGUCAUGUGGGCCUUGCCGGCACAGAAAGCUGAAAUGUAACAGGUCGCAUCCAUGUGAGAAUUGUACGAGGAGAGGUGACGCUUCCUCGUGCUCAUAUGCUGCACCAGGAACACGAAAGAAAACCCAAAGUCAAGGCUCAACCAGUCCUGAUGAUAUGCAAAAUCGUAUUGACCGCUUAGAAGGUUUAGUCUUAUCACUGAUGACAAAUGGUGCUUCAUCUGCAGGUCCAGCCGCCGCAGCCGCUGCCAUCAACCGUUCUCAGAGCGAUAGUGCGGGUUCAUCCUUUCCACCCGAUUUGGACCAAGACGAUGAUGACAUGAUUGCAGAAGAGGGUGAUGAAGAUAGUGAUGUGGAUGGUGUUGCUAAUUCACUAGGUAUCAUGAAAGUUGAUGUCGAUAAAGGAAAAACAACAUAUUUAGGAGAUUCACAUUGGCAUUUAGUUUUAAAAGAUAUCGCAGAAGUCAAAGCCUAUUUCAAUAAUCAUAAAAAGGAACUCGAAAAUAAUUACGAAAAAAUCAAAUCCCAAAAGCCACCUGCCAGUGAUGGUCCGGCCUUUCUAUUCGGUGCCCAUACACCGGCUACAGAUGAAGAGCUUCGAAUGGCAGUUCCUACAAAACAGGAGGUCGAUAGACUCAUCACCAGAUAUUUCAACACAUACGAUCCCGCUAUACAUAUCAUACAUGCCCCGACUUUUCACAAGGAACUGCAAACCCACUGGCAAGAUCCCACAAAAACUUCGAUAGUAUGGAUAGGCCUUUUAUAUUCGAUCCUCUGUUUGGCCAUGCAGUCAUACCAAAAAAUUGGGGAUGAACCGCCGGAGUGGAAAGGUCGUUCUCUCGACAUAGCUGGUGAAUUCAGACAACGCACGGUCCAGUGUCUUGUCAAUUCCGAUUACACAAAAUCAUCAUUCUACACGAUUGAAACGCUAAUAUUAUACGUACACGGCGAGUAUGCGAGCCGUUGGGAUGCUGAAGUGGGACUUUGGGUCAUAAUCGGCAUGAUCACUCGACUGUCAAUGCGCAUGGGCUAUCAUCGGGAUCCAAGCAACUUUCCUGGUAUCACCGUCUUCCAUGGGGAGAUGCGUCGUCGACUAUGGGGAUUUGUGCGCGCCAUGGACACAAUGUUCUCCUUUCAACUGGCACUCCCAAGUUUGAUCCGUGAUAGCGACUGUGAUACAAAACUUCCUCGCAACAUAUUUGAGGAUGAAUUCGGUCCAGAUUCGAAAAUAUUACCACCCGCGAGACCAAAUACUGAACCUACUCCGGUAUCUUACAUGCUCGCCAAGAUCAGCAUAGCCAAUGAACUCAAUUGUAUAUUGGAGGAAAUACAAAGUGUCAAUCCUAAGGGCAUUUCAUAUGAUGAUGUCCUUGCCCGCGAUAAUAAGUUAUGGGAACUAAAACGUAAUCUUGCUCCCUAUCUUCGACUCAGGCCCUUGGAAGAAUGUAUGCAUGAUCCUGCAACGCUCUUGAUGAAUAGGUUCAACGUAGAUAUUCUAUGGCAGAAGACUAUGUGUGUUCUUCAUCGCAAAUAUCUUGCACGAGCGAGACAAAAUUCUCGCUACGAUCAUUCCCGUCGAGCCUGUGUCAAUGCUGCGAUGGAAAUUCUUCGUCAUCAACACAAACUUCAUCUUGAAUCUCAGCCCGGAGGACGAUUGCGAUCAAUGAGAUGGGCGAUCUCAACUCUUACCAAACACGACUAUCUACUGGCCGGCAUGAUAGUAUGCUUGGAUCUACAUUAUGAAACCAUUUGUCCGCCGGACAAACAUUUCUGGACUAAAGAACAACUUGCCGAUAUGCUCAAGGCAGUUGAAACUUCCCAGGGUAUCUGGAGUGAAACCGUGGAAGAAUCUAUGGAGUCAUUCAAAGCAUCCAAAACCCUAAAUAUUGUUCUCGAGAAAUUGAAGGCUUCUAGGGAACCAGGCGCCAAUACUUCUGCCACACCUGUGAAUACAGCUGAAGCUUUUUCGCAAUUCGAUGAUGAGAACCUUAAGCCUGAACAAUCAGCAGCUAUGACUCUCGGUAUGCUUUCUGGUGGCUUGUCUCCAAAUUCGGCGGCAAUGUUCAAUAGCAUGGGCCAAUCUACAGGAUACACAAACAUGGAUCUGAAUAUGAGUGAAUCAGGUGGAAUUGGCGGAACUGGUCUCACCCCUUUCUCACUUGACAACAGUUUGAACCCUUUUGCCACCAUGAACGCUAGUGCAUCUCCCUUCUCCAUCUUCGGCAAUACUGGCAAUGCUCCUGGAAUGAUGGAUCUACCAGCAAAUCUCGACUGGGAACAAUGGGAUCAUUACAUAGGAAAUUCAAAUACAACCGAUCCCGCAUUUCAGUUCUAUCCAACAAAUUUAGAACCUUCACCGCCUGGUGGGGAUCAAGAACAAGGACAACAAAAUGAACCUUUGAAUCCAUUUGGUGGUCCUUUCAUGGGCGCAAAUACUCCUGGUAGAUGAAGAUAAAUGGUUGAAUAAGAUGAUGUUAUAUGUUAGUACAUGAUAAUGUGCGCGUUGGGGGACAAACGGAGCAGUGAAAUGUUAUUGAAUGAUACCACGCGGAUGCGGCAUUUGGCCUUUGGGAAAUUUGGGAGUGUUGUGAUGUAACAGGGAAAAAACGCCUCUCGACACUUAAAAUUAAAAGUCCACUAAUUUAUAUUCUCAGUACGGUCUUGUAUGGUGAUUGAUUUUAUUUGAUGUGCUGGGGUUCAUGGGUAGCGGUUGUGUAUAUCAUUGUAUUGACUCUAUCUAGGCUAUGAUAUACUAUGAUAUAUAAUGAUAUAUAAUGAUAUAUAAUGAUAUAUAAUGAUAUAUAAU